AUGUUAGAAAUCGAAGUUUUUGAUGUAUGGGGGGUGGGUUUCAUGGGACCAUUCCCAUCCUCCUAUGUGAAUAAGUAUAUCUUGUUGGCAGUUGAUUAUGUGUCAAAUUUGGUAGAGGCUAUUGCAUCUUCUACCAUUGAUGCGCGCGUAGUUACCAAGUUCUUCAAGAAACACAUUUUUCCACUAUUUAGCACACCGAGGGUAUUGAUUAGUGAUGGAGGGCAACAUUUUUUGGAAAAAAGAUUCGAAGGUGUAUUAAAGAAAUAUGGGGUUUAUCAUAAGAUUGGUCUAGGCUAUCAUCCGCGAACUAGUGGCCAAGCUAAAAUCAGCAAGCGAGACAUCAAGAGAAUUUUGAAGAAGACAGUUGUAAGGUCAAGAAAAGAUUGGGCAACGAAGUUGGAUGACUCUCUUUGGGCCUACAGAACAGCAUUCAAAACCCCUAUUGGAACAACACCAUACAAGCUAGUCUAUGGGAAGCCGUGCCAUUUACCAGUAGAGCUUAAACAUGGAGCAUUUUGGGCAAUCAAAGCCCUUAAUUAUGAUCUACUGCGUGUUGGUGAGAAGAGGUCGUUAGAUAUCAACGAACUUGAUGAAAUAAGCAUGGAUGCGUAUGAGAGUUCAAGGCUAUAUAAGGAAAAGACCAAGCGAUGGCAUGAUAAGGGUUUUAUCAGGAGGAGCUUUGAAGUUGGACAAUUGGUGUUACUAUUCAACUCCCGUUUGAAGUUAUUUCUAGGGAAAGUGAAGUCACGUUGGACGAGUCCAUUCAAGAUCACGAGGGUAUUCCCCUAUGGUUCCGUCGAGCUGUCGAAUGCGAAAGGGGAAACAUUCAAGGUGAAUGGUCAACAUGUCAAACACUAUCGUGCAGGUGAGCCUUUAGCGGGGCUAGUGGUAAUGCCGCUUGAGCCCCCACGUGUUCUCAACAAAUAA